AUGUCUUGCCACCCACAAUCAGACCGACAGCGAAGGAACCUAGCGCUAAGGGACUGCUGGAACCGGGGAGAGGCUGGCUCGUCGAGCUUCUGUCCCCUGGGGGAGAAAACCACAUUGCCCCCACCAGGGCCUUCCCCGGCGGUGAGUGGGGCUGACGGCCGCUGCCCCACUGUCCUGCACCACAGAACCAAGCCAGAGGUACAAACCAGCACGGACCCGGCUCCGUUCCCCCCCCUAUGGACCGGUGGGGGUGUUCCUGGUCCUCACACUGUCCGCGACACCGCAAUCGAGGUCGGAGAGCCCAACCGCCGCAUCCAAAAUGGCGGGCGCCAUGUGCACAGACAGCAAGGGAAAGACCUGCUCCCACCUCGCGCACACAGCUACUUGAGCCCACCAUGGUGCCGACUCCUUCCUACUGAGGCAGCACGGUAA